AUGACCGAUGCAAGGGAGAGUAAGACUGAUUUCAUUUUUGAGCCUGUUAAAUCUGAUGAACAUCUUGUCUCAACUGAAACGCUCGAUAAACUAACAAGGAAGCUGUUAGACAGCGAGAAACAUGUUGCUGAGGCAGCAAAAUCUCUGGAAACAAUUGAUAACGUUUAUCAGAAUGGGACGCCAUCACAACAGUUUAUAAUGGAACUAAGACUGAAGAAAAAAGUCGAUGAACUUAGCAGCAACGUUGAAAAGGAAAGUCACAGGUUAGAGACUGUGACCGUUUCAUUUGAUUUUGAUGACACUAUGAAACUGUCCCCACUUCCGAUUUCUGAUUACGUUCCGGGACAACUGACAUUGAAAUACUACGUACCGGAAGCCGUGAAAGCUAUAACACCUGUAGAUCCGAUUGUUAAAUUAACGAAGAUUACUUCCAUUGAUCUGAAGCAGACAAAGAAUGAUGUCGGUGAACCGUUAUACUCAGGACUGGAUUUCCUGCCGGAUGGUAGACUGGUUGCUGCGGAUAAUAUAAACAAGAAAUUCUUGAUAUACAAUGAGAAGCUGAAGAAAGUAGAAUCAUUUCAGUUAUCAUAUAAGCCACGAGGCGUUGUUGCUAUAUCUGAGGAAAAAGUGGCGAUAACAAGUGCCAAUGAAUACAAGAUAGACUUUCUAGGUGUCAGUAACUCUAAUGAAAUAACUUUGAAGAGAGAUUAUAACUCUAUAUGUAUGAAAGAUGAGAGACACUUUGUUAUUGAAACUGUCGAUGAUACAAGGCAUGUUCGUAUUUUAUCUCUGUCAGGAGAAGAGAAAGAUUUCAGUAUCAACUUUCCGAGCAAGAAAUAUUCUAUGGAAACUAGUGCUUGUACAUUUAUACGGAACAGUGACAAAGUGGUUCUCAAGGAUAGAUACGAGAAUACUGUUUAUAUAUAUAAUACCAAGAGCAACACCAGAGUUGUUGUCAAGGACGACCACAUCAAGGUACCACGUGGUGUAGCAGUAGGUCCAUCCGACUGUCUCAUGGUUUGCAGUUACUGUAAUGAAACACAUACCAUUGUGCAGAUAUCUCCAACAGGUCGGGUCCUAUCAUCGUACAAGUUAGAUAUGAAACAUCCAUUCAGAUUCUGUGUUUCCAAGAACAAAUCACUUAUUGCUGUCACUAGUAACUUGACCUGUGGAAAUCAGUUGCAGUUGUUGAAUGUGACAUACUAA